GGUGGGACGUGCUGUUUUUGAGUGCUUAAAGUUGGGCGCCAAGGCAGGCUAAGCUCUUAGGUGAGAUCGCGGUAACUUUAGUUUUCACGUUACCCUUCACGUUAUUUGUCUCAUGGCUUGCAUUUGAGGAAGAGCCUUCGAAUCUCGCCCGGUCCUCGCCCUCAAGAAUUCGGCGGAUAUCAUGAUCCAGCGAAUGUCCCGUAUCUUUCUCAUCGCGAAGACAACGGCCGGAUGGCCAUUACUUUCCUAAUUGGGCCACUCCAAAUCUCUUCAUGUUAAACAAUAUUGACCUGGCAUGAUACUUUCAUCCCAAACCACGCCGACGACGGAAAGCUGGUCUUACGUCCUUCUUUUAAUAUUGUCUCAUUCUUAAACCCUCACACGACCAAGAUCCUGCGCAGCAAUCCACCGCCAUAUGUGCACUGCCCCCUUUUCUGCUUCCUGUUCAAUAUUUGUUUCCAAACCGCCAUGUUUCACUCUCGUCUGCGGGUACGUGUUGGACCGUCGAUGGACAAGCUUGUCUGUAUCACAGACAAAGUAAAUAGCGGAAAGGCGCACGCUAUAUCAUCGGAACUGUUCGAAGGCAAGGUCGCCAUUAACAUCAAAGGUUUCACCAAUCCCUCUGGCGAAGAGCUGUCCGCGGAGUACUUUGAUCGAGAAGAUAGGAAAGGGAUAACGUGGAGCAUACAGGUUCAGGGCCGGUUCCUGCAGCCGACUUCAGCGGAUGAUGUUAUGUUUGGAAACACCUUCGACAAACGUUUGAAGCUGCCUUGGGGUUCUGGUGUGGCCCUCAAGUUCAUGAAAUACAUCGACCCUACCUUGGAACAUGACUUGAUGUCGGAGACGAAGCCAUGGGCCCUUUCACCCCUGAUUGCAACGAUGCCCCACUUUGUGCACGAAAGAUUAGACGAUAUCCGAGCUUCGCCCGUGCUAGAACACAGACGGUCGGCGCCCUCGUUUCCACCCUCGAAAUCGAUAGGGGAAGAUAUCUCACAGUUGCAGUUUGCCACUGCGACCGAGGAUUCCUCUAGCACUACGGUUUUGACCCCCUAUUCGUCCAAUUCUUCGUUCACGACACCAUCUUCCUCAUUAUCGUCGAGUUUACCAUCUGCUGCCUCAUCUUCCUUUAACCUCUCGACUUUGCCGAAAAAGCCUGAUUCAUUGGGCGUCUCGGUAAAGAGUUCACUAAAGUUGCCUCUUGAAAAAGUGCACUUGAAGAAGAAGAAGAGGAAAAUGGGUCGUUCGCUGGAUUUGCGGACUACAGGCGAUCGUCGGUCAUACUUCAACAGUCCUCAACAUCGGCAAGAAAUUGCAUUUGGACCUGAGGAUCUAAUUACGACGGAUUUUUGCUAUGGGUAUCUACAAUUCUCUCCGACUCUUGCCUUAAGGCUUCCAGGUGGUAUGUCAUUUGACCUCAUGAAGUACUGGGACAGACAUCCUGUGAGGUUUGUUUGUUGCAAACGGAGAAAGCCAGAAGACGGGGAACGCAGUGACGGACAGCCCACGGGCGACAUAUAUUGGAUUGUCUCAAUUGAGACUGCAGAUGAAAACGAUAUACAUAUACAUCAGGAAGAUUUGGCGGCAGGACAGGAUACUUGACAUGAUAUGGACGGAUGUUUCUAAUUCACAUUUUGUAUGGUUGGACAAUAUACCACAUGGUUAGGGGUAGUUUUUCCUUAACGGGAUCGUUUA